UUCUAGAGUUUUUUCUAUACUUAUAUAAACAUUAUAUUUAUUUACAUAAAAUGUAUAACCUUAUAUUUUCUUUUUAAAUUAUUAUGAUUUAAAUUUUAUUUAUUUAUGUAUUAUUUAUUUAUGUGAGAGUCAGUGAGAGAGAGAGACAGAGAGAAUGAGAGACAAAAAAGGAUCUUCCAGCCACUGGGUCAGUCCCCUAAUGCCCACAGUAGCCAGAGCUGGGUCAUGCUGAGGCCAGGAGCCUGAAACUCCAUCUAGUUCUCCCUGUAGCUGACAGGGACCCAAGUACUUGAGCCAUCACCUGUUGUACCCAAGGGUGAGCAUUAGCAGGAAACUAGAAUCAGAAGCAGAGCUAGGACUCCAACCUAGGUACUCUGAAAUGGGAUGCAGGCGUCUCAAGUGGCAUCUUAGCCUCUGUGCCUCAUGGUUUUUCUUUUUAAAUGGGAAUUAGUAUAUUUUUGACACUAAUCUAUUUUAUUCUAUCUAAUAAUAUAUAAAUACACCAAAUAUCUUUAUAAGUCAAAUAUUUUAGCUUUUACUUCAUUUUUUAAAAAUAGAGAUUUAUUUAUUUGGAAAACAGAGUAACAGAGGAAGAGAGAGAGAGAUAACUUUCAUCCACUGGUCCACUUUUCAAAUGCCUCCAACAACUAGAGCUGGGCCAGGCUGAAGCCAGAAGCUCAAAACUCCAUCUGGGUCUCCCACGUGGGUGGCAGGGACCCAAGUACUUGGACUGUCAUUUGCUACUUCCCAGCAGGAAGUCAUUAGCAGGAUUCUGGGUUGAAAGUGGAGGUGUCACUCUAUGCCAGGCACUCUGAUAUGGGAUGGAGACAUCAGAAGCAGUGACUGAAACUUCUAUACCACAGUGCCUCCCCUACUUCAUUCUUUUUAAUGACUGCAGAAUAGACAUUUAGAUGUUCUCCUUUUCCCUUCCCACAUUGUUAUUUUAAACACUUCUGUAUUCUUAUACGUGAUCUCUUUUUAUAUUGAUACUGCAAUUUCUGUAGGAUAUGUUCUUUUUUUUUUUUUAAAAAAGAUUAAUUUUUAUUUAUUUGAAAAGCAGAAUUAUAGAGAGGGAGAGAGAGAGAAAGAAUCUUCCAUCUGCUGGUUCACUCUUCAAAUGGCCACAAUGGCCAGAGCUAGGCCGGACUGAAGCCUGGAGCCAGGAGCUUCAUCCAGGUCUCUUACCGGGUCCAAGGACUUGUGCCAUCUUCUGCUGUUUUCCCAGGCACAUUAAAACUUUGAUAUAUACAACCAUUUCCUAUCACAUUCAUUUUUCAUUUCUAAUGUGUUUGUUGAAGAAAAUUUAGGGCUGGAGGCUGUCUGCUGGAGCGCCAGGACCAGCACAGAGGUUAGACUGUAAGAAGAGAAGCCAUGUUUCGAAGACCUGUGUUACAGGUGCUUCGUCAGUUUGUAAGACAUGAGUCAGAAAUAGCUAGCAGUUUGGUUCUUGAAAGAUCUCUGAAUCGUGUGCAGUUACUGGGGCGAGUGGGUCAGGACCCUGUCAUGAGACAGGUGGAAGGAAAAAAUCCAGUCACAAUAUUUUCCCUAGCAACAAAUGAGAUGUGGCGAUCCGGGGAUAAUGAAACAUACCAAAUGGGUGAUGUUAGUCAAAAAACAACGUGGCACAGAAUAUCAGUAUUCCGGCCAGGCCUCAGAGAUGUGGCGUAUCAGUAUGUGAAAAAGUGGUCUCGAAUUUAUGUGGAAGGGAAGGUAGACUAUGGUGAAUACAUGGAUAAAAAUAACGUGCGGCGACAAACAACCACCAUCAUUGCUGAUAACAUUAUCUUUCUGAGUGAUCAGACGAAAGAGAAGGCAUAGAAUGGAUGAUUCUUCUUUGGCCGUUGUUUGGUAUAGUUUCAUUUCCAAAUCAUGUAUAGUCUUUAUAGUUCCUAAGGACAAGAAUUAAAACACUGUUUUAUAUAAAAAGAAAAUUUAAAACAUGCAAAAGUAAAGAAAAUGGCAUCAUAAAUACUUGUGUAUCCAUCUCACAGUUUUAAUAGUUAUCAGUACACAUUAAAUCUUGUUUCAUCUAAUACUUUCACUGCUGUCCACUUCCCCCUGCUUCCUCAUUCCAGCUAAUUUUGGAGUUAAUCCUGGGUAUCUGAUUAUUUCAUCCACAAACAAUUUAGUAUCAUCAUUAUUACUUCUGAGAAAUUGUUUUUAUUUAUAAAUAUUUGUUUUGCAUGUGGGUUCCCAGGACCUCAUUUAUUAAGUGAGUUAAGAAUUGCUUGUGGUUAGUCUAAAUCUACUUCUUUUGGCAGUAAUUAGGUAGCAGGACCAGUUUGCUAGGGUCACACCUAAAACCACAUAAGCAGCAUAUAAGAAAUAGCUCCUUUUCCCAUUCUUUGUGUGGGACCUGGGGAAGGGAAGGAAAACAUUUAGCUCUUCCAAAAGAGUUAGCAAAUCCUUCAGGUAUAGGACAAAAUGAUAGUAACAACAACAACAACAACAAAGGGUCCUUGUUUCAUUUAACUAAAGUUAACAUCUGAUCUUUCUGAAGACCUUGCCUACAGUUCUGAAGUCUUAUGCUGAAAUUAAGGAAUAAACUCAAAGUUUCAGGAAAGAACUUUUUUUUUCUUUCCUUUUUGAGUUCAUAAAAUUUCUGCCUAGAAUCUUAAGCUAAGUAAGGAUUAAUAACGGCUUCAGGCAAUGGAUAUUCUUUCUAAUCACUUCUUAUGAUCAAUGUCGCUCCCCCUCUUCGUGGAGGAACGACACAGGACCCUGCGCUGUUCUUUCUGUCUGCUCGGCCCUCCCCGGGUUUGCUGCUGGUUCUUCCCGGGUUGGCUACUAUCCCUUCCACCUCCGUGGAAGGGCAGUUCCCCCUGGCCACAUUCCCCACUUCCGCAGGGGAGCGGCACACCGCCGGCCGGCUCUUCUCGGGGGCUGCACAGGUUCCCUUAGAUGUUCCCCUUAGAUGUUCCUGGUGCAUGCUGUCUCUCUCCUCCUUUAUAGUCCUCCUCCGCCAAUCCCAACUCGGCUGCCCACACGCCGAGCACGCUGCUCUCCUCCAAUCAGGAGCAAGUCCUACAGUUUAUUGGUUGAACUGGAGGCAGCUGUGCGGAAGCUGUUUACUUCUCUCCCAGCGCCAUAUUGUGGGAGAGCAGAUGCAUAGAAUAAGUCUUAAUUCCAGUAACUUAGUCCAGUCCGGAUUGCUCCCCACAAUCAAUAUAAGAAUAAUUGCACCUCAAUAAUUGACAGCUCCUUGCAUAAUAUUGACUGGAGAAACCCAGGAUUGUGGUUAUAAAGAGGGAUGCUGGCAAAUAUUGUUAAAGGAUUAUUUACCAAUAUAUUUUCUAUUGAGGAUGAGCAAAGUGUCCUUUGAAAUAAAAGGAUUCUUCAUAAAAUUUGUGGAAGUGGAAUUAAAAGUUUAUCUUGUUGCAACCAAUUUUUGAAUUCAUACAUAUGUAAGGGCUUCAAAAAGUUCAUAGAAAAUGCAUAUUAUAGGGCCAGUGUUUUGACAUAGUGGAUAAAGCUUCCACUUGCAUUGCCAGCAUCCUAAAUGGGUGCUGGUUUCUGUCCUGGCUGCUUCACUUAUGAUCCAACUCCCUGCUAAUGGCUUGGGAAAAGCUGUGGAAGAUGACCCAAGUGCUUGGGCCCCUGCACUCACGUGGGGGACAUGGGUGAAGCUUCUGUCCUGGGGCUUUGGCAUGGCCCAAAAUCCUUGUCCAUUAUGGCCAUCUGGGGAGUGAACUAGUGGAUAAAAGAUUGUCUCUCUAUCUCUCUAUCUCUUACUUCCUCUCUCUCUCUCUGUAACUCUGACUUUCAAAUAAAUAAAUAAAGCUUAAAAAUGCAUAUAUUUCAAAAAUUUUUCACCAAAACAAACUUACCUUUUAAUUUCAUUUUUCCAAGCAGUUUUCAAGGUAUCCUUGAAAUGGUUUUAGGCUAUGCUGUUCAACCAGAAAAGACCAUUUCAUUCAUAAUGGAGUAAGUAAUUGGCAAAGUGGUUCUUGGGUAAUUUUGGAGGAAAAAAUAUUUUUAAGGAGUAUAUUUAGCUUGAACUUCCAAAUCAGGUUUUUUUUUUUUUUAGCAUGAGUGCUUGUGUACGACCAGUACUUAACCAGAAAGUGGCCUCUUUUCAGUAAGUAUAAAAAAAAUGUUCAGCAUCACUAAUCAUUAGGGAAAUGCAAAUCAAAACCACAAUGAGUUACCACUCAUACCUGUUAGAAUGGCUAUUAUUAAAAUAACAAAAGACAACAUGUUGGCAAGGAUGUGGUGAAAGGGAAUCCUUGUCCAUUGUUGGUAGGAUGUACAUUGGUACUGCUGUAAUGGAAAAACAGUAUGAAGGUUGCUCAAAAAAUUAAAAGUAGAAUUACUAUAUGAUCCAACAGUUCCACUUCUGUGUACAUGUCCAAUCGAUACAUGUAUAUACCUAUGUUCAUUGCAGCAUUAUUCACAGUAGCCAAGAUAUGGAAUCAACUUGUGACUACUGAUGGACAAAUAGAAAAAGAAAAUGUGUUGGGUGGGUGUUUGGCCUAGAAGUUAAGAUGCCACUUGGGAUGCCCACAUCCUGUAUUGGAGUGCCUGGUCUCAUGUGCCAGCACUUCUCCUGAUCCCAGGCUCCUGCUCAUGUGUACCCAGCAGGGCAUCAGGUAAUGGCUCUAGAAUUGGGUCUAGCCGCUCAGGUAGACAGCCUGAAUUGAGUUCUUGGCUCCUGACUUUGGUCUGGCCCAGCCCUGGUUUUGCCAGCAUUUGGGAAAUAAGCCAGCAGAUGGAAGAUCUCUGCCUAUAUGGCUGUCUUCUGGCUUUCAAACAGAUAAGAACAAAUAAGUAAAAAUUUAAAAUAUUAAAACAAGAAUGAAAAUGUUAUGUAUACAUAUAUCUGUAUAACAAUACUAUUUAGACAAAAAAAAAAAAAAAAAAAGGAAAUCUUGUCAUUUGUAACAACAUGGAUGAACCUGGAGGACAUUAUGCUAAGUGAAAUAAGCCAGGCACAGAAAAGACAAUGUGUGUGAUCUCACUUACAUAUGGAAUCUAAAAAAGUUAGACUCAUACAAGCGGAGGGUAGAAUGGUGCUUACCAGAGGCUGGGAAGGAAGAGCUGGGAAGAUGUUGGUUAAAGAGUACAGUUUCAGUUACGCAGGAUGUUAUAAAUUCCAGAGAGCUGUUAUAUAAUAUGAUGAUUAUAGUUAAUGAAUACGUAUUAUGUACUUGAAAAUUGCCAGGAGAGUUGAUCUUAAAUAUUUUCACCAUCAAAAAAUGAUCAGUGUGUGAGGUGACAGCUAUGUCAAUACCUUGAUUUAAUCAUUCAACAGUGUAUACAUAUAUUAAAACAUGUACAUUGUAGUUUAUGUGGUUUUUAUUUUCAAUUAUGCCUUAAUAAAGCUGAGGAAAAAAUAAAAAGAUAAAAAUAAAUAAAGAGGCAGGCAUUGUAGCACAGCUAGUUAAGCGGCCUCUUGGGACACCUGCAUUCCAUGUCAGAGGGCCUAGGAUCAAGUCUUGCCUCUGCUUCUGAUCUUGAUAAUGCACAUGGGAGGCUACAUGUGAUGGCUGACGUAGUAUUUGGGCCCCUGCCACCCACAUGAGAAACCUGGAUGGAAUUCUGGGCUCCUGGCUUCAGCCUCAACCACUCUUGGCUGUUGUUGGCGUUAGGUGAGUGACCCAGUGGAUGAAAGAUCUCUAUGUUUCUCUUUCUGUCAUUUUGCUUUUGAAAUAAAUAAAUAAAUAUAUAACUUAAAAUAAAUAACUAAAUAAAAUUAUAUAUUGUCAGCAUUUAAAAAAACAGAAAGUGGCCUCUAUUCAAUGUACAAAUUCUGGCAGUUCUUAUGUAGCUGGGAAUUCCAAGCCUUCAAAGGUCUUCCAGAUUUAAACUCUAAGUUAUUAAAUUUGUAUUUUGGAUGACAUGACCCAGAAUUUGUCCUUGUUUCCAGACUUAUUAAAAUAAGUCAGAAGUUUAUUGUAGGUUAAUUCUCCAAAUGAAAAAAAAUCCCAGGUGUCAUCUUUUCAUUUUUAUUUCCCAUGUUGCUAUAUAAAAUUGGUCAGGAGUUUUGUUUUUGCCACCUGGCAGUCUUUAAUAAGCCAGGCACUGGAAGAACAAGUCCCAUGUUACUUAAAAUUGGUUUUAAGUUGCAACAGGUCAUUGAUAGGACAGGACAGAAAUUUCUUAAGUUUUUUGAGGAAGAGUUCUAGAAGGUUUUCAUUUCUUGGCAACAAAUUGCUUGAAAGACUUUGAAAUUCCCUUGAUUCUCCUUGUUUUUCUCAACUUGCUAGUCCAAGGCCAGUCUACAUGGAGAUGGUAUUUGGGCUACUUCUUUUAAGAGUUUAAAUGAAGGUCUGCCUGCGACUAGCAUGUCAUGUGGGUGCCAGUUUUUGUUCCAGCUGCUCCACUUCUGAUCCAGCUGUCUGCUAAUGUGCCUGAGAAAACAGUGAAAGAUGGCACAAGUACUUGGGUUCCUGUACCCACGUGGGAGACCUGAAUGAAGUUCCUGGCUCCUGGCUUCAGCCUGGCCCAGCUCUGGCUUUUGCAGUUCCUUGGGGAGUGAACCAGUGGAUGAAAGAUUUCUGUCUCUCCUCUCUUUCUCUGUAACUCUGCCUUUCAAAAAAAAAAAAAAAAAUCUUAAAAAAAAAAAAGUUUAAAUAAAGGAGAGUUGAUCAUUCUGUCUGGCCCACAAGUGAAGAAUGGCUGCAAUCUAGACCUCUCUAUACCUGAGUUGAAAUAUGAGCAUUUCCUGCAAGUUUAUUUCUGAUAAUACUGUUUUUGUACCAUUAGAUUAUUUUGAUCAGAUAAAAUUUUUAGAACAUAUUCUAUUCAAAUCACUGCUUGUUGAGGCUGGCACUGUGGUGCAGCAGGUUAACGCUCUGGCCUGAAGUACCGGCAUCCCAUAUGGGCGCCGGUUCUAGUCCCAGCUGCUCCUCUUCCGAUCCAGCUCUCUGUUUUGGCCUAGGAAAGCAGUAGAAGAUGGCCCAAGUCCUUGGGCUCCUGCACCGGUAUGGGAGACCUGGAAGAGGCUGCUGGCUCCUGGCUUCGGAUCGGCGCAGCUCUGGCCAUUGCGGCCAUCUGGGGAGUGAACCCGCGGAUGGAAGACCUCUCUCUCUGUCUCUACUUCUCUCUGUAACUCUCUUUCAAAUAAAUAAAAUAAAUCUUAAACAAACAAACAAACAACAAAUCACUGCUUGAAUGUUGUCACCAAAAUAAUGAUUUACUAAUAAGGAGACCCAUGGCUCUAGGAAUAGCUGCAUUAGAUCCUUGUUUAUUGCAGUGUUCUUGUUCUCAGAGACAACAUACAAAGCAGGCAGUCAGCCCUAUUAAAUAAAUGAGUAACUAAAAUGAAGUCCAUUCGGAAGCAUAUGAAGAGAAUGAACCUGCAGGGAAAUUCCUGUUUUUGCUUUCCUUUAUACUAGAAUCAGUUUGAUAGAAAGCCAGGGGUCAGAGAGCGAUCUGCUGCUCUUUAUCAGCUUGAAGUGAGAACUCUAGUAUUAUUACUUUAUCACUAGUUAAUUCAAAGAUGAUGUUAUAGGUUAUGUGCAUAACUGAGAGGCUCCUGUGAGCCUAGCCUCUGUAAACCAUAUAUUUAGGCAUUUUUUUGUUUUAGAUUUAUUUAUUUUGAGAGGCAGAGGGACAGAGAGAGGGGGAGAAACAGAGAUAGCUCUUCCAUCUGCUGGUUCAUUCUCCAGAUGAUUGUAACAACCAGGUCUGGGCCAGGCUGAAGGUGGAGCCAGAACUCCAUCCUGAUCUCCCACAUGGUGGCAGGGACUCAAGUCCUUGGGCCAUCCUCUGCUGCCUUCCUAGGAACAGUAUCAGGGAGCUGGAUUGGAAGUAGAGGAGAUGGGACUAGAACAGCACUCUGAUAUGGGACUCUGGUAUCAUAAGUGGCAGCUUAACCUGCUGUGCUACGGCUGACUCCUAUAGCCAGACACAUUAAAUAUUUCUAAUUCAUUGUGGAGGUUUAUGUGUGGCUUAAAUUAAUUUGACUGCUUUGUAGAGUUGUGCAGGUUGUAUAGUUUCCAGCUACUGCUUAUCUGAGGUGGUUUCAUUUAUACUAUAGACAGUGUAGCUCUACAUAGUCACUGGGAAAACUAUCCAGCAGAUGGCAGUGAAGUGUCUUGAAGAGGGGAAAGGUACUAGUGGGUAAGUGUAGACCCUUAAGUAUUUAAGAAUUUCUUAUGAAACUAUAAAUGAGAAUUCUUUUAAAAGUUGUGUUUAUAGAGUCAAUAAUUUUAAGUAUACUGUUGGUAUAUUAUCCCCUCUUUCCUCUGUUUUUUCUCCCAUAUUUUCCUUAUUUUUAAUACUGAUAGUUCUUUUUUUCUUGUUUGUUUGCUUGCUCCUUUGUUUUUUUCUUCCUUCCUUGCAGAAGUGAGCUCUUAAGUGAAUUUACUAUAAAAGUGUUUUGGACUUCUAUUUUUGAUAUGUUUAGUUUGUUCACUAUUUAGCAACUCUGAAGCCUUAGUGUGGAUGUUCUUGCUAUGUGGAGAUGACAGUGCUUGGAUCCAAUUAAUAGUCCCAUUGUAUGUUGAAUAAACCUCACAUUUUUGCCAGGGAUUUGAGUAUUACUCACUUGUGAUACUAUCAUUGUGUGUCAGCUGGGUUCCAAGUUCAUUUGCUGUUGCUCAGAGUUUUCAGAAAGUUGUCCUGGGUAGCACUAGGCUUUUGAUAUUAUUCCCCAACUGGAGAUACUGUUUCUAUAGUUAGGUUGGGAAAUUUUGUUUGUUCUUUUUGCCUCAAGAUUAGUUAUGGUGCAGGUGGGGUGACUCUUUGUCCCUAGAGUUUAUCAGUGUGCAGCAUCUCUUGGUGGGGACAUUACUUAUAUUUAUUUGGAUUUCAUUUCUGUGGCAUUAAAUACAAGGAGGAGUUUAAAAUUGUAUGUACAGUAUAAACUAAUCAAGCCAGAUAACCUGCCUUUCUAUCAUUUUAUCUUUUCUUGUGUUUAGAGCCUACCAGCUCCUCUUCUUUAGUUCUUCAUGCAGUGUGUAAUACAUUAUUAUUAUUACUUUUUUAUUUGACAGAGUUAGACAGUGAGAGAGAGAGACAGAGAGAAAGGUCUUCCUUCUGUUUGUUCACCCCCCAAAUGGCCGCUACAGCCAGCGUGCUGCACCAAUCCGAAGCCAGGAGCCCGGUACUUCCUCCUGGUCUCCCAUGCGGGUGCAGGGGCCCUAGCACUUGGGCCAUCCUCCACUGCCUUUCUGGGCCACAGCAGAGAGCUGGACUGGAAGAGGAGCAACUGGGACUAGAACCCAGGGUCUAUAUGGGACGCCAGCGCUGCAAGCGGAGGAUUAACCAAGUGAGCCACGGUGCCGGCCUCCAUUGCGUGUGUAAUACAUUAUUGUGGACUCUGGUCACACCACUGUGCUGUCCAAAUUUGAACUUGUUACUUCCGUUUGAUUGUAUUCCCAGGCUAUAAUAAUCACUAUUCUAAGUUCAGAUAAACUAUUUUUCCAUAUAUGAAGGAGAGCAUACAUUAUUUAUCUUUCUGUGUCCAGUUUAUUUCACUUAACACAAUGAUCUCCAGUUCCAUCCAUUUAGCUGCAAAUUUAGGGUUUCAUUCUUUUUUAAUGGCUGAAUAAUAGUCCAUUGUGAAUAUAUAUUGCACUUUUAUUCAUUCAUCCAUGGACAGCUAGGUUGAUUCUGGAUCUUAGGUACUGUGAAUAAUACUGCAGUGAAUAUGGGAGUGCAGAUAUUUCUUUUAUAUGUUGAUUUCAGUGCCUUCAGAUAAAACAAUGAAGGUUGGCCUGGUAUAUGCUGAAACGAUGGGGCCACCUCACAGUCCUAUAAGGGUGCCUAGUCCCCUGUCAACCCUCCUAGCCAAACUCAGCAUCAGUGGAGAAUAAGGAUUUUACCUUCUGGUAAAAAUCCCCUGAUUACAUGCGUGCAUGAGAGCUGCCACAGCCACUACUGGUGUCAAUGGUGCCUUCUCCCUGCCAUUUCCAGGCACCCUUGUGGAGGGACGGGGAGAAAUAAUUGAAGUGAAUUUGUAUACUCACUAUAGCCAGUGUCCCCUCCCCACCCCGCUUUUUUUUUUUUUUUUUAAAGAUUUAUUUAGUUAUUUGAAAGAGUUACAGAGAGAGAGAGAGGGGGAGAGAGCAAGAUCUUUCUUUACUCCCCAAAUGGCUGCAAGGACCGGCCCUGGGCUGAUCCAAACCCAAGAGCUAGGAUCUUCAUGUGAGUUUCCCACAUGGUUUCAGCAUCCCAAGCACUUGGGCCAUCUUCUGUUGCUUUCACAGGUGCAUUAGCCGGGAGCUGGAUAGGAAGUGGAGCAGCUGGGUCUCCAACCAGUACCUAUAUGGGAUGCUGGCUUUGCAGAUGGCGGCUUAACCUGUUGCGCCACAGUGCUGGCCCCACUACUAAAGUUUUCAUUGAUUGCUCCAGAGCCCUAUAAUGUACUUUGUUUCUUUAGCAACUUCUGAAAAAAUAGUUUCUUGUGGUCACCACAUUGGAGAAUGAGCUUGUAGAUAGGGUGUUAUUUGUUCUUUUAGGUAGAUAAAAAACUGUGUUAUUUAGCACCUUUGAUGGAGUACAUUAUUUUGACUUCAGAUCUAGUUUUAUUAAGAAUUAUGGUUUAUAAAAAGUAUCAUAAAAAUAAUCAUGUCAUUUCUCUUUGUUACCUCUAAGUUUUUGUGUAGUAAAGAACAAAGUCCCACUUCUUGGAGUUAGAUUACUUGAAUUCAACUCUGACUGUGAAAUGUAUUCAUUGUGUGUUCUUGGGUACAUUACCUUACCUCUGUGUGCCUCACUUUCCUUAUCUGUAAAAUGGGUCUAAAAGGACCAUUCAUCUUAUGAGACUGUUUCAAGAAAUGAUGUCUAUCCUUAUGGUUAGUGCUUUUACUAAAUGUUUGCUAUGAUUAGUCUUUAUUAUUCAGUUAACUUAUAAAUAAUAUAAAAAAGAAAAAUUUAAAAAUUCACCCAUAAUUCUGCCACUUGAUAGUUUGAUAUUUUAUGACAGGCAGAAUGGCAUACCUUUCUGGAGUCCUAUUGCUUGGGUUUGAAUGCUGACUUCAUUACUUAUUAGCUGUGUCACUUUAGGUCAAAUCAACUUAUCUUUGCCUCUGGUUAUUCAUCAAUUAAAUGAAUGAUAAUAAUAGUGAUUACCUCAUAAUAUUAUUCUUAUUUAAAUUUAUUUAUUUUGAUUUGUUUGAAAGCAGAAAGAAAGAGAGAUCAAGAGAUCGAGAGAUCGAGAGCGAUAGAGAGAGAGAGAGAUCUCCCAUUUGCUGGUACACUCCCUAAAUGUCUGAAACAUCCAGGGAUUACCAGGCUGAAGCCAGGAGUCCAGAAUUUCUUCUGGUUCACCCACAUAGGUGGCAGGGACUCAGCCACUUGAGCCAUCACCACAUGCCUCCUAGGAUGGCAUUAGCAGGAAACUGGAUCUGAAGCAAGUAGCUGAGUCUUGAACCAGUCAUUGUGAUAUAGGAUGCAGACUUCCCAAACGGACUUAAGCUGCUACACCACAACACCCACCUAUACAUCAUAAAAUUAUUAUGAAAAUGGACUGCCUGUGGCACUGGCAUCUCAUAUGGGUGCCAGUUCAUUUCCUGACUGCUCCUCUUCUGAUCCAGCUCUCUGCUUAGAGCCUGGGAAGGCAGUGGAAGAUGGCCCAAGUACUUUAGCCCCUGCACCCACAUGGGAAACAUGGAGGAAGCUCCUGGUUCCUGGCUUUGGAUUGGCUCAGCUCUGACCAUCAUGGCCAUUUGGGGAGUGAACCAGUGAAGGGAAGAACCUUCUCUGUCUCUACCUCUGUCUGUAACUCUACCUCUCAAAUAACUUAAUAAAAUCUUUAAAAAAUGGAAUGAAUUGUUGUAUGUGUGGAACUUAGAAAAAUGCCUGGGCAUAAUAAGUGAUAAGUAAGAACUAUGUAUUUUAUUCUUUAUAGAUAUUUGAAAAUACACAUGGAUAAUAUUAAUUUUUAAUUAAAUUAUUUUACAACUUCCUUUUUUAUGUUCUUAUUUGGUUAUGUUGUAAUUUUUUUAAAGAUUUAUUUAUUUAUUGGAAAGACAGAGUUAGAGAGAGGAGAAGCAGAUAGAGAGAGAGUCCUCCAUUCGAUGGUUCACUCCCCAGAUGGCCGCAGUGGCGUGAAUUGCGCCGAUCUGAAGCCAGGAGCCAGCAGCCUCCUCCGGGUCUCCCACAUGGGUGCAGGGGCCCAAGGACUUGGGCCAUCUUCUACUGCUUUCCCAGGCCAUAGCAGAGAACUGGAUCGGAAGAGGAGCAGCCGGGUCUCAAACUGGCACUCAUAUGGGUUGCUGGCGCUUUAGGCCAGGGUGUUAACCCGCUGUGCCACAGUGCCGACCCUGAGGUUAUGUUGUAAUUUUUAAUGUCUACUAUUUUCUUGAAAUAUUUUGAUGACUAGUUAUCUCACUUCUAUGUUAGAAAUACGCUAUUUUGGUAUCAUACUGUACCACUCAAAAUGUAGAAACAAUAUAGUGUAUUAUCCUUAUGUGUAGUCAACUUUCCAUGCAGUGGAGCCCCAGAACUUACUUCUCUUGAGAAAACAAAGUAAGGUGUUUUGGAUUUCCUAUUUCUUUGAAAUGAAAAGUUUGUUCUUUUUUAUAAACCCUUUAAAAUAUUUUUUGCAUGUAUUUGGCAGUACAAUAAGUUUGCUAUCUUAAAUACAUAAUACAUACAUACAUACAUACAUAAUCCUAAUACCUAAAAUAUGUUAACUUUAUUGUAGAACAAACACAUUUCAAACAAUGUUUGCACAGGUUUUUAUGUGACUUAGCUAUUAGUAUAUUUUAUAAUUUAAGGUGUAUCAUACCUACCAUCAUCUCAGUAAGUUUUCAUGAGUAAUUUCUAUGUUGCUUUGGCCUGUGUUGCCUAUGUUUUGUGGCUCAGUCUUUUAAAAAUGUGUAUAAUACCAAAUAUUUUGUUAUAAUUUGCUAAAAUAAUGGAAUUGUUCAACACUGGACCAAAUCUUUGAAAAUGGCAAAGUGAAAAAUGUCUAAAUUUUAUGAACUACCACACAUAUACUCUUCUUCUAGAGUCUUAGAACCUACUUUGAAUAUUCAUAAAUAUGUAGUAUUUAAUAGUUUGGUCCUCCAAAUAGUGUAUUUUGAUUAGUCACUAAAAUUUCUUUUUCUUUUUCUUUUUUUCUUUUUUAAUUUUUUGACAGGCAGAGUGGACAGUGAGAGAGAGAGAGAGACAGAGAGAAAGGUCUUCCUUUGCCGUUGGUUCACCCUCCAAUGGCCGCCGCAGCCUGCGCGCUGCGGCCAGCGCACCGCGCUGAUCCGAUGGCAGGAGCCAGGUACUUAUCCUGGUCUCCCAUGGGGUGCAGGGCCCAAGCACUUAGGCCAUCCUCCACUGCACUCCCUGGCCACAGCAGAGAGCUGGCCUGGAAGAGGGGCAACCGGGACAGAAUCCGGCGCCCCGACCGGGACUAGAACCCGGUGUGCCAGCGCCGCAAGGCGGAUUAGCCUAGUGAGCCGCGGCGCCGGCUACUUUUACUGUUCUUGUACUUGUUCUUUUUCAUUUAUUUGUCCGGUUUAUAAACUUUUCUUAAAUAUCUACUAUGUCAAGUACUCUGUUAGUGCCAAAGGAUGUAAGGACAAAAUUAGGAGAGCAGAGUUUAUUCAUCUUUACUUUACCUUUGUAUUUUUUUUAACUUUGUCUUUUCAUUAUAUCUUUACUCACAGUAAACAAACAAAAAAAAAAAAAAAAAAAAA